GCUGGGGACUGACAGCUCCCUGGCCUGACCUGUUUUGACAACCUCUUCCCUUGUUUGUCUCCAGCAUAUGUGCUUGGUUGCGCGUCCUUAGCACAGUGGCCUCUUUGUGUGGCACUGACGGAGAGGAAAAAAUGGUCGUAAAAUGGUUGGCAUGGGCUGGGUGAAAACAGCCCUGCCAGGAUCUUGUACCCAGGGGCUGCCAGGGUUUGUGUGGCCAGGCUGGAGAGCAGAACUUUCCCCUGCCUGCCUUCCUGCUGCUGCACUAGGCUGGGGUCGGGUGUGUGACCCCAGGAACUGGAACAUGAAAUCAGGGAACUGGAACAUCUCUCUGAUGAGGAAAGGCUGCAGGACCUGGGGCUAUUCAGCCUGGAGAAGAGAAGAUUGAGGGGAGAUCUCAUCAAUGCUGAGAAAUCCCUAAAGGGUGAUGCACCGACUUGGCAAAUGUUGCCCCAACUGAUGUAGACCCCAAGUCUACAAGGAUGAGCAAGCCCACAGACCUGGAACGAAGCCUCCCAGCCAUUACCUCCAUCAGCACCUCACUCUCCCACAGCCAGGGCUUCUCCCCCUACUGCUACUUCUCUCCAGAGAAGAGGAAAGCCGUCUCGGAUGUGAGGAGAACCUUCUGCCUCUUCGUCACCUUCGACCUGCUCUUUAUCUCUUUGUUGUGGAUAAUCGAAUUGAAUACCAAGGAUGGCAUUCAGAAGAACCUGUAGAAUGAAAUAAUUUAGUACAAAUUUAAGACCUCAUUCUUUGAUAUAUUUGUCUUGGCUUUCUUUCGUUUCUUUGUGCUGCUGUUAACCUAUGCCGUCAGGCUGCGUCACUGGUGGGUCAUAGCGAUCACUACCCUGGUGUCCAGUGCCUUCCUGAUUGUGAAGGUUAUCCUCUCCAAGCUUCUGACCAAAGGAGCUUUUGGCUAUUUACUCCCCAUUGUCUCGUUUGUCAUCGCUUGGCUGGAGACUUGGUUCCUAGAUUUUAAAGUCCUAACUCAGGAAGCAGAAGAGGAACACUGGUGCCUGGCAGCCCAGGCUGCAGCCUCUCAUGGGCCCCUGCUCUAUCCUGGAGCCCUUUCUGAGGGGCAGUUCUACUCCCCACUGGAGUCCUUCGCAGGAUCAGACAACGAGUCAGAUGAGGAGGGUGCAGGGAGGAAGGCAGUGACAGCUCAGGAGAAAGAAUAUGUCCAACAAGGCAAAGAAGCAAUGGAGGUCAUGGACCAAAUCUUUGCCCAGGAGGAGAACUGGAAGUUUGAGAAAAACAAUGACUUUGGGGAUGUUGUUUACAUUUUCGAAAUCCCUUUCCAUGGCAAGACCUUUAUUUUAAAGGCUUUCCUCCAGUGCUCUGCUGAAACAGUUUACCAGGAGCUUAUUCUUCAGCCUGAGAAGAUGAUCCUGUGGAACAGAACAGUGGCAGCUUGCCAGAUCUUGCAGUGGAUUGAAGAUAGCACAAUUGUCUCCUACGAUGUGGCAGCUGGGGUUGCAGGAGGGGUUGUUUCCCCAAGGUGGGUUUCUUCUGCUCUCUGAUUUAUACUGAGCCCCUAAACACUCUUCUAAAACAUAGAGGGAGGCAGGACUGGCCAUGUGGGUGAUACACCCAAAGGUCAGGAGCCUCCCAAGUCUCCUCCAGAUAUUUCUGGCAGGAAACAGGUGAAUCACAGAAUUGCCUCCCUGAUCACUCCCUGUGAUCAGCCUUCAGAGCCAGAGCGGACUGUCCCCAGGCAGUCAGUGGAGCAGCCAAACAGAGGUGGAGGGGUUCAUUUUACUUGGGCUGGGCUACACGGGGUGUUGUAGGAAUCCGGAAGAUCUCGGGCUGUAACGCGAGAGGUUGAGAGUACAGAAGAGGUGGGCAGGGAGUGGAGUGA